AUGACCGGCCAGGAUGUUUCAGUCGAGCUAUUCGGGCAGAAGUAUGACAACCCGUUGAUUAUGGCACCCGUCGGCGUGCAGGGAAUUUUCCACGAGGACCGGGAAACCGGCUUGGCCCAAGUCUGCGCUGAAGAGGGAGUCCCCUACACCAUGAGCACAGCCAGUACCUGCCCCGUUGAAGACGUGGCCAAAGCCAGUGGAGAUGGAAAGCGAUGGUAUCAGCUCUACUGGCCGCAAGAUAACGAUAUCACGCUGUCACUGCUGAAUCGGGCCAAGACCAACGGCUUCUCGGUCCUGGUUAUUACGCUUGACACGUGGUCUCUGGCGUGGCGACCGGCCGAUCUAGAUAAUGCUUACGUGCCAUUUAUCAAGGGUAUUGGAUGCGAGGUCGGAUUUUCAGACCCAGUCUUCCGUGCCAAGUUCGAGACGGAGUCUGGUACUAAGAUCGAGGAUGAUAUUGUGAGUGCGUCACGAGCCUGGCUGGGACAGGUUUUUGCAAGUGAGCCGCACACAUGGGAAAAUCUUGCUUUUGUUCGAAAGCACUGGGAUGGCCCGAUUGUUUUGAAGGGCAUUCAGCAUGUGGAAGACGCCAAGAUGGCACUCAAGUACGGUUGUGACGGAAUUGUGGUGUCUAACCACGGCGUUGAUGGAGCCAUUGGUUCUCUAGAUGUUCUGCCAGAGAUAGUCGAUGCAGUCGGCGAUAAGAUGACAGUGCUCUUUGACUCGGGCAUCCGGACGGGUGUGGAUGUCGUCAAGGCACUAUGUCUUGGAGCUAAGGCCGUCAUGAUAGGUCGGCCGGUGAUUUAUGGCCUCGGCAUCAAUGGACGCGAGGGCGCACGACAAGUGUUGAAGGGUCUGUUGGCGGAUUUCUGGCAGAGCAUGGGUCUAUCGGGGAUCCGGACCGUGAGUGAAUGCAACCGCGCAAUGAUCCGCAAGGUACAGCAUGCAGGCGAUGUAAAGGCAAUGAUGUGA